GCAAUCGUGGCACCGCUGGGUGCUUUAAGAACCAUCCGUAACAAUCACCUGAGCCAGCAAAAUGUUCCGACAUGUUGUGUACUGGAGUGUUCACCUCCUCUGUAUUUGGGCCUCGAUCCAAAGUACAUUGUCACUUGGCUCACAAAAAGACCUGCUGAAGAAACUGUUCACGGAUUCCGAUUACAACAGCGACGUUCUGCCGGUUAACCGUGCCAAUGAGAGUGUGGAGGUCAGCAUUAACCUGGCCCUGGAGCAGAUCAUUGACCUGAAUGAACCUGAACAAGUUUUGAACAGCAAAAUCUGGAUGAAAAUGAUCUGGAAGGACAUCAAUCUGCAGUGGGAUCCCGGUGAUUAUGACGGCAUGACGAAUAUGACCAUCCGGGCAGACGAAAUCUGGAGACCUGAUAUUGUUCUCUUCGAAAAUGUUGACCAGGGGUUCAGUGGUUGGCCCGUUGACUUGGUGAGAGUGGACAGUGAUGGAACAGUGUACUGGGCCUUCCCCAUCGUGGCGUCCACCAGCUGUGACGUCGACGUCACAAACUUUCCUUUCGACGCGCAGGCAUGUCCACUCAAGUUCGGAUCGUGGCUGCACGACAGAUCAUCGAUCAAGCUUGGCCGCAACAAGACCACAGGAAGUUUGGUUUUAAAGCCGCAUGCUGAGUGGCAGGUUGCGUCUUUCAGUCCCAUCUUUAAGGUGAAGGAGUAUGGGUCAUCACAUUUUGAUGAGGCUACGUUUAUUUUGGCUAUGGAGCGGAAAUGGUCCUUUUACUUUUUCAACCUGCUGUUUCCCUGCUUCCUGUUGGCCGUGUUGGCAACACUGAGCUUCUACGUGCCGGCAGAGUCAGGGGACAAGAUAUCCUUUGGGGUGACCGUGUUGCUGGCCCUGUCAGUCUUCCUGCUCAUGAUUGCCGAGCAGAUGCCAGUGAGUGAAAAUGUGCCCUUAGUAUCUUGGUACGUGAUCGUAACGCUGGUCCUCUUGUCCCUGUCCCUGCUGCUGGGCUCCAUUGUGGUCAACCUGAGCAUCUGUACGGCUGACACCAAGCCUGUUCCUGCCUGGGUCCGUCGUCUCGUUCUCCGCUACAUGAGCCUCAUGCUCUGUAUGGGGGAUCUGAGUGGAUCCGUGGCUGUCAAGCAGGAGGAGGAGGAAGACGAUCCAGAAAAGAAGGUCCUAGAUGACAGCACCAUGCGGAUCAUUCGGGCAAGCGCUGGUGAGCCCGGGGAGUACCCGGAAGGACUUAACAAGAUGGAGGGAAAGCCCAACAUGCCGCAGCUCCUGAUGGAGGACCUGGUGCGAGACGUGCGCAACAUCGUCAGUCACCUGGAGGACGAGCGGGAGGGACAGGGGCUGGAGAACGACUGGAAGCGCGUGGCCCGCGUCAUGGAUAAGUUCUUCAUGACCCUGUAUCUCCUGACAACACUGUUCAUCAUCUUGGCCACUUGCCUGGACGGCAUCAUUGGCUGGUCUACCAGGCUGGAUCAGCAGAAGCAACAGCUGGAGGAAAAAGUGUAGCGAAUAUGACUGGAAGAAAAGUCAGAUGAAUGCAAUAGUAAACAGCAUGUAUUAGGUAAUUGUGUAUAGAGCAUAUAAUUUAACAUAAGAAACAAGCAUGUCUUGGAAUGCUAGCAGCGUACAAUGUCCUCUGCUGCAAAAUUGCAUGAAAUGAAGAUGAUGUAAACACAUGCGAAUACUCACAGUAUAUUAUAUCGAACAGA